UGAUGUCUGUACGCUCGUACUGACGAUAAGAAGAAGAAGGGACAGAACAUUUUCCAUAUCUGUAAAAAUCAUCGUCUGCCCUGAUAAGAAGGGGCUACGUUAUCGGCAGUACGUCCCUGGCAACAAUCCACUCAUCCCCGUCUGCCCGUAAGCGCGAGAGAGAAAGAAAAAGAGCCAGCAGCCGCAGACUAGCAGCAACACAGUUACCGCGCGCUCAACUCGACGUCACACACACACAUAGCUUAUCCAGAGUCGUGGACUCGCCGUGGUGUAGCUACCGAAGGGCUGCAGUUGCUGCUGCUUCCAAGAUGAAGGAGGAGAAAGUUGAUUACGAUCCAGAUGCACUAAGUACAACACAAACCAGUGCGCUAUCGCUAACCAAUCCACCUGCACUUCAUCUUGGUCCACUGUUAACACCUGGAGCUAAUGAUACUAUCUCCAUAGUUAUACCACUGUCUGCACAACUAGCGUCACUUUCAAGAAACGCUGCCUUUCAACAACAGAUGAUGGUUAACUGCAAACAAGAAAACGUAGAUAUCACAGAGAAAAAGCCUGAUAUACCCAAGAAACCGAAACCUACUCCAGUUAGAAUAAAAGAAGAUAAAACUAAAGGUUGUCCUUAUCCGAACUGCAGUAGAUACGGUCGAGCGUUUUCACGGGCACAUGAUCUAAAACGACACAUAGCACGACACGAGGCUCGUGAGAAUAAAACGCCUGAAGUUCAACCGCCGACACAACAGCAUCAUCACCAUCAUCAUCAUCAUCAUCAUCAGCCCCCGCCACAACAACAUCAUCAUCAUCAACAGCUGGUGUGGCCAUGUCUCGUGUGCAGUGCACAUUUUUUCAGUGAGGCCAUGCUACAGAAACACAGGCUCAUCCAUGAGAAUGCCGACACUUCGAUAUCGUCCACCAGUGGACCGCCCUAUACUUGCAAUUUUUGCAAGAGAACUUUCCCUGAGGAGGGAUUACUCAAUGCACACUUGCCAUCCCAUAUUAAGUCUGAGCCACUAUUGGCAGCAUUUCAACAACCCCCAACGUCAGCCGCAGCAGCAGCAGCGACGGCACAGCGGCUUUUAUUACCCAAUGGGCCACCGCCUCCACUAGCAACACCGUCAAUGGUCUCAGCAUCGUCUAUUGCCACCGGAGAUGACGAUUAUCGCCUUGAAGACAUGUUGCUUAUUCGUAAAGGACCAGGCAAAAGUUUGGCCUCGACAUCAUCAGCAUCGAAUUCAUCGUCGUCGCCCGGUAAAAUCAGAUGCGAAUACUGCAGCAAAACAUUUAAGACUAAAUGGACUCUGAGUUCACAUGUUGCUGCUCAUGAAGGACGUUUUCAGUAUCAAUGCUGCAUCUGCAGCAAACGCUUCGUUAGAAAAAGUCAUUACGAAAGCCAUGUCAGGUCGCAUGAUGCGGCUAGACCCUACGUCUGUGAACAUUGUGGUAAAACUUUUAAAGAAAGUAAGCACAGAAGAGAGCAUUUGAAGAGGAAGCAUCCGACGAAUCGAACCGCUAUACAGUCAUUGUUGGAUAGCAUAAGUGCUUGUGUCAAUGAGGAUGCCGCCGCCGCUGCAGCUGAACAGGCUAAACUCACUAUACUUAUGCCUAUGAACUUCAGCACUUAAACACAAGGUUCUUAAAUUUAAGAGUUUUUUUACUGCAAAAGAGGUAUUUACGUAACCAAAGCGCCAAAGAUCAUGAUGGGAGCCAUCGCCAAGAGCUUCAACAGAAUUGAGAAUAGUUUGGAAACGAAUGCCUCAACGUAACACUGAAUAAUGUAUUGUUAAGCAUAAGAGAAAUCUCAUUCUAUCACGAACCAUGUUGGAAAAUGAAUGUACUUAAGACGAAAAGGAAUUACUUUUCGUACAGCAAAUUGAGGGUGAUCAGAAGAAAGCGAUCACGUACAAAUGUAAUACAUCACGUACAAACAAAUUAUUUUGCGUACAGUGAACUUCAUUGUUUGAUAAAUGUAUAUGUCAUUUGAAACGAACUAUAAGAACAUGUCAAUAAAAGAUGUUUA